AUGAGGCUUCCCGUUCUCUCCAUUGGCCUCCUGGCCCUCCUUACUCCUUUGGCAUCCGCAUGGUCAAAAGAAGAUCGUGAGAUCUUCCGCGUCCGCGACGAGCUUUCCGCCCACGAAGGUCCCGAAAUCUCCUUCUACGACUUUCUGGGAGUCACGCCAUCUGCGAGUCAGGAUGAGAUCAACAAGGCCUAUAAGAAGAGGACAAAACUAUUGCAUCCAGACAAGGUCAAGCAGCAGCUGACUGCCGAGCGUGCGAAGCAAAAGUCCAAGACCGGCAAGAAGAAGCCCGGUGUGACUGUUACCAAGCCUCCCACCCAACCCGAGAUCAAGACAGCCAUUAAAGAGGCUGGCGAGCGCCAGGCGCGUCUCUCCAUCGUUACGAACGUCCUCCGUGGCCCGGGUCGUGCUCGAUACGACCACUUCAUAGCGAACGGCUUCCCCACCUGGAAGGGUACGGAAUACUAUUACAGCCGCUACAGGCCCGGCCUGGGAACUGUUCUGUUUGGCUGUCUGCUUGUGGGAGGGGGCCUCUUUCACUACGUCGCACUGUACAUGAGCUGGAAGAGGCAGCGCGAGUUCGUCGAGCGAUACAUCAAGUUUGCGCGACAUGCUGCUUGGGGCGACAACCUGGGCAUCCCCGGCGUGGAUGCUGCUGCCCCUGCACCUCCGCCUCAUACCCCUCCUGCUGCUGAUGACGACCAGCCUCCGAUGCCGGUGAACCGCAAGCAACGGCGCAUGCAAGAGCAGGAAGCGCGCAAGAAGUCUGCGAAGGACGGCAAACGCAGCAACCGUGGUCGCGGCCGUGCUGGACAGCAAGCAAGCGGAAGUGCUACACCAGUGCCUCAGCCUCAGGGCUCUGGCCCGUCCGGCGCAAAGAAGAGAAUCGUAGCUGAGAACGGAAAGGUACUUGUUGUCGACUCUCUGGGUGAUGUGUAUUUGGAGCAGCAGGAUGCCGAUGGAAACACGGGAGAGUUCCUUCUUGACCCUGACGAGCUGCAAAAGCCUACAAUCAGAGACACCGCGCUCUUCAAGCUGCCUGGAUGGGCCUAUGCUGCUACUGUCGGCAAAGUGCUGGGACAAUCUAAGGCUACCGAUAGCUCUGACGAUGAAGCCGGCGGCAGCGACGAGGAGCUUGUCGACGAUGACGAGGACUCUGACCAGCCGCAGCGCACGCCCUCAACUGACUCGGCUGACGACUUUGAGAUACUUGAGAAGAGUGUCGAAGACCUCCCCAAACCAAAGACCACUGGUAGCCAGGCACAGGACAGUAGUAAAGCGAAGAGACGCAACAAGAAGAGUGAUAUUGUCUCUCCACAGAAGAUGAUGCUUGCGUUAACCGCGAAGCAGACGCACCAAAAGAAACAGCGAGACCCCGGAUACCCCAAGAAGCUCGAAUCAGCCAGCUCUGGAAGUGCAGGUUUUAACAUCCCUAGUAGCUCCCCCUUCGAAGAUGCUUCUUUCACUUCUACCGCAACUGGCAUCGUCCUUCUUGACUGCCUGACGCGCCGAUACGACAGUCUCCACGGCAUCAUGGACUGGCACGAUAGCGCAUGUCGUCGCUUGGAUCUCUAUUCGACUGGCGGAGUCCAAAGUUGUCUACGCUGCGGCUCAUUCGCGGAGUCCACCAAGCUACCCCUCCUGCCGCCCAUCAAGCAACGCUCUGAGAUCCGGUUGUUGCGCAUGUUAUGCGGUGCGUUCGAAGAAGCCAUACGCUGCGUGGUCUCCCCAAGACCUGUCCAUACAAGACCUGACCUCAAGGCCGGAAAAAAAAUCGACGAACGUGGGCAUCAGGUCCAGCUGAUGCCUCAAAUAUAUUCUGGAGCGAAUUGUGUCUUUAUCUAUAUUGAGGAGGCAGCAGACGACAGCGGCUACUUCCUCGAUACCCUAAAUAGUGAUCGGUCUAUAUCGUGGACUUAUCUCAAGGAUUAUAUUGAUCAGAAGUAUCAGGGUGACCCUGCCAAAACUCCGCUACUACUGCGUCUCGAUUUUCACUUCUACGCCGACCCAGAGAGAGCACUGCAUCUGCUUGACCUGGCGCGGGAGAGCAACGCCAACGCUCCUCGCGACAAGGUGUUCGCUGUAAGGGGCCUUGCCAUUGAUCUCUCGCAGAACGGCAUUGUGGCAGACUACAAUCUGCGCGUUGAACAGGUGUACACCCAACUCGCGCUGCAUCUAUCAUCUCGUUAUGGAUGGACUGCAAUACUGCUAAGAGCAGAUACUGAUCACCGGAAGAUUGCGACACUUCCAUCAUGGGUUCCUGACUGGAGCAACUACGUAUACACUAGCCCCGAUGCAAGUAUGUCCGAACAGACGUUUCUCAAAAGAGGUUCCGAGCGAGAAGUCUCGGUCUUCCAUCUUCCAACCGCACGCUAUAACCCAUCCGAACGAUCGCUGACCUUGAGCGUCACGAAACCCGGUUACAUGAAAGAGGAUGAGAUCUUACUUUUCGAUUAUCGCUCGCUCGGCUUCGCCGGGAUCGACAAGUACUUCGCCAUUCCGUAUGAUUGCAUGUCACCCUUCACAUUUCCAUACUCUGUCGCACUCACCAUGUUCAAUCUCCCUAUCACAAUCUUGAGAACCGAAUCUGGCGCCAUCUCGGACACUACUCCUAGUAGUCACCUAGAAAUAACCACCCUACAUAAACAUCGGCCUUGGAGCAAAUAUAAUCUAAUGGCUCUGGUACCCGCGGAUGCCCUUGCGGGAGUCUUCACCCGCAAAAGCUUUCGGGACGUCCUGAUACUGCUGCGCUCUUUGAUCUCCGUACCCAACGACUUGCUGCAGGAUUGGCCGGAGGUGGCCGACUACCUGCAUUUCCGAGAAACCGGGGAGUCGCUUUCGGGAGUCUUAUAUAUCCCUCCCCUUGAGGGCCCGCCCCUAGUCGCUCGUGCAAUAAAGUCUUUAGGGCCUGCUGCGGACGAACUGGAGUCCCUCUGGCUGAACACCAUCGCUCCGGUGCAUGAAGUUGAUUGGAAGAGGGCGGAUGAGUUUCAAAGGCUUAGGGAUUCGGGGGCCGAAGGUCUGCUGCUGGCGUUAAAUGAUGCGCUUUGGAGGAUAUUCGUGAGAUAUUUCCUGCUCCGCGUAGUCGAGGUAAUACUUGUAUAA